AUGACGACUUCCUCCAACCGCGACCACUUUUUCCAGACCUCUGCUGCUUUGGACGAGCAACAGCGGAAAGAUGCCAAGUCUCAAAAUGAUCAGGGGAAUCCGAUCAGGCUACAGAGCAAAAUCCUCGCAGUUCGUGCAGACCCAUCAAAUCAUGGGUCUAUUUAUCUUGCACAGAGUAGUGGAGUGGUGAGAAGGGUGGUACUGGCAACUGGCGAGACAUCGGCACUCUACAAGGGUCCCCAAGCUCCCUUAACAAGCGUGUGUCUGAGCCCGGACGGAAAGACCCUGUUUGCCGGUUGCUGGGAUAAGACCAUCUGGAGCUGGGACGUGGCCUCGACGCAGCCUCGUCAAAAGUACGAGGGACACAGCGAUUUCGUCAAAUCUGUGAUCAGUGUUCGAUUGCAGGGCCAGGAUUUACUUGUCUCAGGAGGUGCCGACGCAAAGGUGCUGGUUUUCAAUCUCACCAGUGGUGAGAUGACUGAAACUUUCAAGGGCCAUGCUCGAGGCGUUCUGGAUCUAUCCAUUGACCCCGAGCUGGAGGAAUCUCAGGCUACCAUCUUUAGCGCCGGCAGUGACCGAGAAAUCCGUCAAUUCCAGCUCUUUGGCGGAGGUGGUGAAAUCGAGCCGAUUCUUCCGCACGAUACUAGCGUGAACAAGCUCUUCUUUGACCAAGAUGGUGAUCUUUGGUCUGCCUCUGCCGACAAGACAGCCAAGUGCCUUGUGCGAGCGGAUGGCUGGAAGGCCAAUAUCUCCCUUGAGCAUCCUGAUUUUGUAAGAGAUAUUGUCAUCUAUGAGGCUGGUGGCUGGGUUGUCACCGCCUGUCGGGAUGAGGAGGUACGAGUGUGGAAUCGAUCGACCGGAGAGCUCCAUCAUACAUUCUCCGGCCACUUUGAGGAGGUCACUGGCCUCGCACUCGUUGGCUCAACAGUGGUCAGCGUCGGAAUCGAUGGCACUGUCCGACAAUGGUCUCUCAGACCCGAUGAGCUCCAAAAGGCUGUUGAAUUGGCGAAAACUGGCCCCAAGGAAGAGGAGAAGGCCAAUGACGAGCCUAUGUUAACGGAGGAAGAAGAGCGCGAAUUAGCCGAGUUGAUGGGAGAUGAUUAG